CAUUGUGCAUUAGCUUGGCUUGGCGUAGCUUAGUGGUCAUCUGUCAUUUCCUCUGGAUAUUCAGGCCGGACUUGUCCCAUGUGAGCCCCGUCUGUGACUGUACCAUUUAUCAUCUCUGGAAGACGCUCCUGGGAAAACAGUGUCUCAUUCUUAAAAGACACCAAGGAGGGCCAAUUUAGUGCACCUGAGCAAUCUCCACGAUUGGCGAUUGGCGUUGAAGUCUGUCGGUUCCUAGACACGACAUUUGGGGGCUCGUCCGGGAUACGAAAGAGGGAUCGCUGAAGCUCCCGGCUCCUGGAGACAGAGGCAGAGGGUACUAGCCCCUUAAAAAGCCGUGCAGCUUAUCAAAAGGUAAGAGUAUUUAACUAUUUGUUUCGGACUGGGGCCCUGUCCCCUCUGACCUCCUCUCCAUGAACGCCGGGAGUGAAAUCCUCUCGUAAAACUAACCCGGACACUAACACCGAAAACUGAGGGGAAGAAAGCAGUGAGCUCUUCAGAAACGUGCGCAGCGAACCGUGAGUGAAUUGAGUGUGGUAUGAGUAAAAGGACGAUAUAUAUUGUUGUGUUGCAAGGUGUGCUGGAACUAGGAAUAAUGUUUGAAUACAUUGUUGCUGCUGAAGGUUUUCACUGUUGCUGUUGUUUUGUUGCAAAGUGUGCUGGAACUAGGAAUAAUGUUUGAAUACAUUGUUGCUGCUGAAGGUUUUCACUGUUGCUGUUGUUUUAAAAAGAGGUGCCAGAGACUUGGGAGGAGAGAAACCCAAGAAGGGCCACCUGCAAGAGCUCUGCCCCAGCCAUGUCCACACAGAUACAGAAUGAACAGGGCGUCGGCCUGUUGACAGGAUCCUCUGCUCCAAACAAUAGUUCUGAGGGGCCCAAGAAGGACAGCCCCCAGAAGGCUCGGGGCCAGUGGGCCAACAAAGCUGAAUACCUGCUGGCUGUGGUGGGACACAUAGUCGGGCUGGGCAAUAUCUGGAGGUUCCCUUACCUGUGCUACAAGAAUGGUGGAGGGGUGUUCCUUGUGCCUUAUCUGCUGUUCCUGGUGCUCAGUGGCAUCCCCCUCUUCCUGUUGGAGACCUCUAUGGGCCAGUACACUAGCCUCGGGGGAGUCAUGGCUUGGAGAAGCUUUUGCCCACUUUUCGGAGGUGUGGGCUAUGCAACUCAAUUACUGGUCCUUCAUGGAAACGUGUACUACAUCACAGUCCUGGUCUGGGCUCUUUUCUACCUGGUGAACAGCUUCCAGUGGCCACUCCCCUGGUCCCACUGUAACAACACCUGGAACACAGAAAACUGCUUUGUGUCUGAGGGACGCAACCUCACAGCCAAUGGAACUGCCCUGCCAGAAAACGGCAUGUCUUCCGUCAUGGAAUUCUGGGAGAGGGAGGUGUUGCAGCUCUCCAGCCGAAUGGAGGACCUGAGUCCAGUGAGCUGGAGGCUCGCUCUGUGUCUGCUGGGAAUUUGGAUCCUCUGCUACUUCUCUGUGUGGAAGGGAGUGAAGUCCACAGGCAAGGUGGUGUAUUUCACUGCCACAUUUCCCUAUGUUACACUCCUGGUUCUGUUGAUCCGUGGGGUCACCCUACCUGGUGCAGGUGACGGCAUCAUCUAUUACCUGAAACCCAACUACGUCCGCUUGGCUGACCCACAGGUGUGGAUGGAUGCCGGCACUCAGAUUUUCUUCUCCUCUGGUGUCUGCAUGGGAUGUCUUAUUGCUCUGGGAAGCUACAACAGGUUUAACAAUGACUGCUUGAAAGACUGCUUUACCUUGUGUAUUCUGAACAGCGCCACCAGCAUCGUGGCAGGCUUCGCUGUUUUUUCCAUACUGGGUUUCAUGGCCCAAGAACAGGGCAUUGACAUUUCGGAGGUGGCACAAUCAGGUCCUGGUCUGGCCUUCAUUGUGUUUCCCCGGGCGAUUGCCAUGAUGCCCUUCCCGCAGUUUUGGGGGGUCUGCUUCUUCCUCAUGAUCAUCCUACUUGGAUUGGACUCUCAGUUUGUGGGCAUAGAGUCUUUGAUGACAUCUUUAACGGAUCUGUACCCAACAUUCGUCCGCAAGGGAUAUCGCCGGGAGCUGUUGUUGCUGCUAAUGAGCAUAGUGAGCUUUCUUCUGGGCCUGAUCCUGACCACCCCGGGUGGUCUAUAUGUGUUCCAGAUCUACGAUCACUAUUCAUACUCUGGGCCUGGUCUUCUACUUCUGUCAAUAUUAGAAACCUUAGCCGUUGGCUGGAUAUACGGUUCAGACCGGUACUGUGAUGUCCUCCAGAGCAUGACUGGCUAUCGGCCGUGGCCCAUAUUCAAAGUGUGUUGGAGCUACGUGACUCCAGCCUUUUGUGUUGGGAUCUUUGUGUUCUCACUGGUGUGGUGGCCUCCUGUAACCCUGGCCAAGGGGGUGGUGGCUCCAGGAUGGGCGAUAGCUCUGGGCUGGCUGCUCUGCCUGUCCAAUAUAUCUCCACUGCCCCUGUGGACCACUUAUGCCCUGCUCACCACUCCUGGCAGCUUGCGCCAGCGCAUCUGUCAGCUGAGGAAUGGGGCAUUCACCCCCAGUCCAGAAAACGAGUUCCAAGCCAUUGAACUUCAGCCUCCUGCUCCUAAGACAGAUGCCAAAGUAACCAGUGACCUCGAUGUUAGUGGGCUGGAAACUCCAUCUGAAGGACUUGCCUGAGCCAGAUCCGAAAGCACAUGGUCCUGGGAAAAGUAAUAGGUGAUGGGUUAAAAUUCAGGGUUGAAGAAUGUUGGCAGGGAGGAGGGGUUACAGGAAAAGGAUGAGUGCUUUGUAUCCAUUUGCUGUGAUUGAGUGUCAGUUGGUGUUGAAAUGAGACAGCCUUAGAGACUAUACUACAGUGAUACUACUGGAUUCCAGCAGUACACCCAGGAGCCACCCUAAUCUAUCCUUCAGAUGCAUAUCUUCAUAUCUAUGGCUUUAUUCUUUGCCACUGCUGUUUGUAAUAUGACAGUGACUCAUCAGACUCUGAAGGACACUGCAGCCAUUCAUGACUUCCACCUCCACGGCCAAAAAGAGGUUAAUGUUAAUGUGUUAAUGUUUAAUGUGUCUUGUAAUCGUUCACAUUACCUAUUUACUGCACUAUGUCACUGUAAUUUUAACCUGGUUAAAUAAGUUUGAAUAUUUACAUAAUUGGCUGCAACUGAGAGCAGCCAGCAAGCUGUAUAGCAGCAUUUGGAUGUAUCUCAAGCAUGUGUUUUGAUUCCAGAUUCUGACAUUGGACUUACAGUAUAAGAAAGGUGAAUGAUGUAAUUUUUUUCCCUGAUUGGAAAACUGAUUGAUUGAUUGGCACACAUGGAAAACAGUUUCUGGAUAGAGGUAUCUAUAAGGAAUACUCAUUUAAUACAGUAUAAAGUAUAUUUAACUUGCCUUUCACCAUGAAGAAUCUUUUUUUUGAGAUUCAAAACUACUUUGCAUGAGAGACCAGGCACCAGUGAAAUAAUUGUGCUAGAACCAGGUUUAUUCACAUUCGCACAUAUCCUGUCUCAGUUUAAUUGGGCUGUUGGCUAAACUCAAGCCCUAAAAAGAAACAAUGAAGCCCUCCUAAGAAGCAAAUGAAAAUAGUGUGGCUUUUUUCAGAGUAAUUUGGACAGUGAGUGCUUGUGUGUAGGCAUGGGGAGGUGGGGGGGGUGCACUGCAGGGUGCACUUCCCCACCUGGGCACAGAGGUUCAUAGAUCAUUGGCGGUUACCAUGGUAACCCUCAUCAGAACGUCCUUCCCUUCCUUUGUUUUGCUUGGCAACAGACCUUUGGCAAAGUGGACUCUGCCCACUCUCAUCACCUUGGAUCAAUGUUCUCCAGCCCCAGUCCUGGGGGCAGGCGGUGCAUGGGUGGGGUUUGCACCAGCUGAGCUCUCAUUGGGUCAGGCUCUGUGGAGCUAUUAAUGCGACACUGAUCUGGAUUUGACAGUGCUGAGGAUAGUGGGAAUUGUACCUUAAUACCAACACUAUUUGGGGUCCAGAGGGGCUCCAACAGUAUAAAUGGGCUAAAUUUUAGAUUAGGAUACAAGGAGACACGGUGGGGUCUGUGUCUAUGUAUGGGUCAUAGGGGAACUCUAUUGUAGGAACCUUUGAGUGAGACAGCACAUCUCUGGCUGACCAGGCAUGAGGGGAUUCAUAAUAAUGAAAUGAGUAACGAAUGUAUGUAUUUACAUGAUUUUAUAUAAAUACCCCCUACCAUCAUUCAUAGUUCCAAGUGCUUCUUGACCACCCCAGCCCUGCAAAAAUAAAACAUUUUUAGACACUU